AUUGCCGCUGGGAGGGGGCGUGUCUCUCCCUCCCCUUCUGGGAUCUUCAGUCCUGCAGCGACACCUGCAGGCAGAACAUGUUCACUACCCCCUCGGGUUCCAAAUUCCGGGCGGCGUUGCAGGCAACUGCGCUGCAGCGUUGGCCAACCGGGCUCCCUCCAGAUGCUUGCAAAGAGUGGACUGCAGUGUGAAGUGCGUCCUGCACACGGAUGCGUGUCCGUGCCGUGCAACACCCUGGUUGUUGUUUUAAAUGCAAGCGGAUUUUGCAUCUGGAUUUUGGGGGGUAGAUUUUGCAUAUGGAUUUUGGGGGGUAGUUUUUGCAGCCGUGCGCUGCUGCCAGCUUUUUAGAUCUCCGCACCAUGCGCACACAAAGGACCCAGCUUUUAUUUAUUUGCACGUGGGAAAGCAGCGCAGCCUCCUCGCUCCCUGCUCAGGCGACGCUCCAUAGAUGGUGCUGUCGCCUCUUCCUCUACUUUCCCGCAGCCUCGACUCUCUCUUUUUCCUCGCCUUCCUGCCUCCCAGCAAACAUCUCCAAGCUUCCCGGUUCCCUUUGCACCCAUCCAUCCAUCCAUCCAUCCAUCCUGUGCACUGCUGCUCCUCUGCAAGGAUACACACACACCCCUUUCCCCACCCAGCGCCCAGCAAAGGCUCAGCACCAUGGCUGAAUGGCUCCCUCCUGCCCAGACUUCAAGGUGGAGUUCAGAAGUCCCGGCUGCUCCUGUCAUGGAUGCCACCUUCCCCAAAGAGGCACAGCUGCAGACGGCCACAAUUUCUCUGUGGACGGUGGUCGGAGCUGUCCAGGCAGUGGAGAGGACGGUGGAGGCUCAGGCCCUGAGGCUCCUCAGCCUGGAGCAGAGGUCCAAGACAGCAGAGAAGAGAUUUGGGGACUGCGAGAAGGCUGUGGCCGAGCUGGGGAGUCAGCUGGACAGUCGCUGGUCAGCCCUGGAGACUCUCCUGCAGGAGUACGGACAGCUGCAGAAGAGGCUGGAGACCAUGGAGGACCUCCUGAAGAAUGGGAGCUCAGAAGGACGUGCUCAGGAACCUCCGUCUGAUUCCAAAGCAGAAACAGCACCUUCUAUUUCCAGGACGGAUAUUAUUUCGUGGAUUAAGCAGGAGGAGGAAUUGUGUACCAAGGAGGGCAAUGGCAAGGACCAGGACGGAGCCCUUUGCCAAAGUACCUGCAACUAUUAUACGGUUUCUGGACUGGAUACUUUACCGAGCGACGGAGAAGGAGCCAACCCCUGCGAGUCGCUGCAGGGGGGCAACUUGGAAGCAGAAACUCACAAGGGCUCUACUUCAGACAACACAGGGUCACCGGCUUCCAGGUCGGAUGCAGUUACGUGGGUCAAACAGGAGGAGCCUCCCACUGGGAGGGAUGGAGGAAACGGCCCUCAAAGUGCUUGUAAUGCUAACGACAGAGCCCAGCCGCACCCGGAGGAAGGGCAGGGCCAGGAAGACCCCGCCAACCCGCCCCUCCUGCUCUUCUUCCCCGGGGGCUCGGUGGCGCCCAUUUUCAACGGCGCCAUCGGCGAGAGCUGCCCCCUCCCCGGCCUUCGCGGCGCCCGCAGCGGGAGGCACCCGGGCUCUCCCUCGGCCAGGGGGACCCCGGAAGCGGCGAUGGAGCGUCCGCACCGCUGCCCGGACUGCGGCAAGACCUUCAGCCUGCUGCUGAGCCUCCAGAUGCACCAAAUGAACCACCAAAUGAAACGGAAGCAGUACGAGUGCUCCUUCUGCGGGACGGCCUUCAGCUGCCCCUCGGAGCUGCUGCGGCACCGGAUGAUCCACACGGGCGAGAGGCCCUACCGGUGCUCGGUGUGCGGGAAGGGCUUCGUGCGCAAGCAGCACCUCGUCCCCCACCUGCGCCUGCACACCGGGGAGAGGCCCUACCACUGCGCCGAGUGCGGCAAGGACUUCAUCUGCAAGCACCACCUGCAGGAGCACCAACGCACCCACACCGGGGAGCGGCCCUACGCCUGCGCCCAGUGCGGCAAGAGGUUCCGGAGGAAAAAGUCCCUGAAGGACCACUGGAGGGUUCACAGCGCCGAGGAGCAGCAGCAGGGACUGGCGGGCUCUGCCCGGGUGCCUGAGGGCACGGAGGUGGACGUCCGAGUGGAACAUUAAUUGGGCGGUGUCUGUGCUGGCUCAGAUGUAGCUCAGUGCACAAGGCGCACAGUUCAGCGGCGUGUCUGUUUCUUUAUUCAGGAAAACGGCAAUGCGUCCCAUCAUGCGGUUGCUGGGAAUGAAGGUCUCUGCCCUCUGCUUCCCACUCCCCAAGUCCCUUCCUCCCAGCCGGAUGUUUUCCAAGCAGCCUACACCAGAGGG